GACCGCAGAAGUGACUCGUGCUUGUGGCUCACGGGCGGCAGGGAGAGGACGAGUCACCGUCACGCACUCGAGUAGCCCCGAUGUCGCGCACACGCGUGUGAGGUCACAGAGGGGUGGCACUUGAUUAUUUUUGAUCCUUAGCCGCCCCUCUUUCGGUGCCCCUUUGCCAAGGCGGGAUCGCCGACGCCUUCUUCUUGUUUUUCUUAAUCUGAAAAUGAAAGUGAAAGUCACUUAGCAGCGCCAGCGCUGGGCUCCUCUCGGCUCGACUCGACAUGGCUCUCCUGCAAUGUCCGCUGCUGCUGCUUCUUCUGCUUUGGGCUUCAGGGUCACAGGCCAAAGUCAGCGUCUUCUCAUCGCAGCCAAAUGUGGUUGCCCUGCGGCACACAGAUGUUGUGCUUCCUUGUAGCUUCUCUGUGUCACCGGGCCCUGUAGACACCCAGGGAGUGACCAUCACCUGGAAUCAGUAUGGCUUCUUGGUGGCCAGGUUUGAGAAUGGAGAGGCCACAUCGAGACAAGAGGCCACUCUGUUUGAGCAGAACCUCAGAGAAGGAAACGCCUCGCUGCUCCUGAGAUCCAUCGUGAAGCGAGACGAGGGGCAGUACGAGUGUGAAGUCAACUAUGCGGGUGAGAAAGGGUCAGCCAGCCUGGCUCUGACCAUCCAAGUUCCUCCUGAAGUCGUCUUGCACCCAGAGUUGGUUCAUCUUCUCACUCAGCACUGUGUGACCUGCUCUGCUCAGAACUUCUACCCCAAACAAAUCAACUUCAUUUGGACGAUGAGCGGAGUGACAAAGAUGCCAUUCAACACCACAGAGCCGCAAUUGAACCCUGAUGGCACCUACAACUCGGAGAGCGUCUACUGCUUCACCCCGACCAGCCGGGACGGCCUGACCUGUGAGGUGCACCACGAGGCGCUGAAGGAGCCGCUGAGAAGGUCCAUCACGUACGUGGGACUGACUGGUGGAGAGAUGGCCCUCAUUGUGAUCGCAGUCAUCCUCCUCCUCCUCCUCCUUCUUGCUGUCUUCUGGUUCUUCUCAGUGUCCCUGUCUCCACUCGUCCCCCUCAAACUGGUCCAGGGUGACCUCGGGUCAGUGAAGUGCACCCUCACAGGCUGGAGACUUGGACUGGUCACUCAGCAGUGGUUUAUCAAUGACCACAUCAUACUGGACAAUCAGCAGAGAGACUGUGAGGACGUCACCUCAGUGCCCCUAAAUAGCCCCACUGGUUACCAUCUGAAGACAGACCCUCCUAAGGAAGGCUUCUUUAGGACAGAGACCCCCGUGACCCUGCAGUUUACACCGACACGAGCUGACCACGAGAGGGCAGUGUGCAGGUGUCGUGUCCGUCAUCGGCUCACCCGGAGGAGCGUGGAGCGCACUGUCUCAUUAUCACACAUAUUCAUUCGUCCUCAACUCUCAGACAUCGAGAACGUCUCUCAGGACUCGGACAUCGACGUGAAGCUGCAGGUCAGAGCUGAUGAGUUUCACCCCAAAGACAUCAACUUCACAUGGUCAGUGGGAGGCAGAGAAGUCACCUCAGAGUCAGUGAACCCCCCAGAAAUCACAGAUAACAACAAUGGGACCUUCAGUGCAGUGAGUGUCUGCUCUGUCCCACUGUCUGUGGUCCAGGAGCCUGGGUUCAAGGCCUCGGUGGUCAUUGAGCACGAAUCUGUGGGAAAGGUGGAGAAGAUGGUGACCGGUGACACCCCAGGUAUUGAUGGGCGCCCCCUGCUGUCCGACAUUGAAAUGCUCAGGUUUACUAAGCUGGGUGAGCUCUGCACCCUGAGCUGCACCAUCUCCAGGUUUUUCCCCAAAGCUCUCACAGUGACGUGGCUGAGGGUCCGAGCGGUGGGUGGACAUCAGCCUGUAACUGCAGGGUCACUUGAGUGGAAAGCCACAGUGACCAGCAGCCACCCAGAGAGGAGGAAUAACACGUAUAAGGUGACCUCUGUGGUGCAGUUCACUCCUGACAGUCUUAGUGAAGUGGAGGAGAUGACGUACAUCUGUAGGGUGGGACACGGGACCCUCAUGGAGAACACCAAAGAGAAGAAGUCUGGCAAAUUGGAGUUAGCAGCUGAUAGCAGGCGUCCCAAACUCUCUGAUGUGCAGAUUCACUUCACUGAGUUUCGUCAGCUCUGCACCCUGAACUGCGCCAUCUCGGACUUUUACCCCAAAGACAUCAAUGUGACCUGGAUGAGGAGACGCAAGGGAACACAGAAGACUGUGAAGGCAGAGACACAGGAGUGGGAGUCCGCAGUGAGUCAUUGUGGGCCUGUAUUGAGUGGUAGCAAAUACUCAUUGGUGUCUCAGGCCACAUUCACCCCUAAGACCCUGAGUGACCUGGAGGACAUGGAGUUCAUCUGCAGAGUGGACCACGAGGCUCUGAUGGGGAAACUGAUUGAGAAGAUCUGCUCAGAGAUUCCUGGUCUGCACAAUCGACCCGUCAUGUCAGACAUUCAGGUGACUGAGUUUAAAGGACUCGACCAGCACUGCACCCUGAGCUGCUCCAUCCAGGACUUCUACCCUAAAGACAUCACAGUGACCUGGCAGUGCCACACAGCAGGAAAGAGGGGACCAGACAUCAGGACUUUACAGUGUGACCCUCAGAGAGGAGAACGGAGCUACUGGCUGCAGUCUAAGGCCAUCUUCACCCCCAGAUCUCUGAGUGACCUGGAGGAUGUGAAGUACAUCUGUAUGGUGAAACACGAGACUCUGAGAAGGGGCACCAUGGAGAGGAGCAGUGAGAAGCUGAACAUACCUGCUCUGCGGCGCCCCCCGACUGUGUCAGACAUACAGGUGACUGAGUUUAAAGGACUUGGCCAGCCCUGCACCCUGAGCUGCUCCAUCCAGGACUUCUACCCUAAAGACAUCACAGUGACCUGGCACUGCCACACGGCAGGAAAGAGGGGACCAGACAUCAGGACUUUACUGUGUGACCCUCAGAGAGGAGAACGGAGCUACCAGCUGGAGUCUAAGGCCAUCUUCACCCCCAGAACUCUGAGUGACCUGGAGGAUGUGAAGUACAUCUGUGUGGUGAAACACAAGACUCUGAGAGGGGACACCAUGGAGAGGAGCAGUGAGAAGCUGAACAUACCUGGUCUGUUGCGUCCCCCCACUUUGUCAGACAUGCAGAUUCUCAGGUGGGACGGUCUCGGCAAAUCCUGCAUGCUGAGCUGCUCCAUCCAGGACUUCUACCCCAAAGAGAUUGAGGUGACCUGGCUGAGGAGGGACACGAUGAAGGACAGUGAGGUCACUGCGGGGACUAAAGAGUGGCAGGCCGAGGUCAGGACAUCAGAACUAAGACAGGAAGACCUGAGCUACAGAGUGGACAGUGAGGUCACAUUCAUCCCCAAGACACUGCUUGACGUGGAUGACGUGGAGUACGUCUGCAGGGUGACACACAAGAGCCAGCAGGUGACAAUCGUGGAGAAGACUUCUGGGAAGCUGCUGUCCACAGCUCUGCGGUGCCCCCCGACUGUGUCAGACAUACAGGUGACUGAGUUUAAGGACUUUGGUGAGCCCUGCACCCUGAGCUGCUCCAUCCUGAACUUCUACCCCAAGGACAUCAAGGUGACUUGGCUACGGGUCAGUGGGGAAGGACAGAAAGAAAUCCGAGCCCACCCAGUGACCCCAGUGAGAGGGGACAGGGGCUACAGAGUGGAGGCUGUGGCUGAAUUCACCCCACGGACUCUGAGUGACCUGCUGGACUCGGACUGUGUGUGUGUUGUGCAUCACGAGGCCUCAGAUAAACCUGUGGAGAGAUAUCUUGUGAGGGGAUUAUUAAAAGGUUUUGCUCGUGAGCCCACCGUCUCAGAUGUGCAGGUCCACUUCACUGAAUUUGGUCAGCGCUGUACCCUCACCUGCGUCAUCUCAGGCUUUUACCCCAAAGAGAUCAAUGUCACCUGGAUGAGGAGACAGAAGGGAACACAAAAGACAGUUCAGGCUGGGAGAGGGAACUGGAAACCCACCAUAAGUCAGAAUGGGCCGUCACUAACAGAUACUGGGUACUUACUGGUGUGUCAGGCUGAAUUCACCCCUCAGACCCUCAGUGACGUGGAGGACAUGAAGUUCAUCUGCAGAGUGGAGCACAAGUCCAUGAUGAAGACGCCUGUUGAGAGGAGCUGCUCUGUCAUUGCAGCUCUGCGGUGCCCCCCGACUGUGUCAGACAUACAGGUGACUGAGUUUAAAGGACUUGGCCAGCCCUGCACCCUGAGCUGCUCCAUCCAGGACUUCUACCCUAAAGACAUCACAGUGACCUGGGACUGCCACACGGCAGGAAAGAGGGGACCAGACAUCAGGACUUUACAGUGUGACCCUCAGAGAGGAAAAAGGAGAUACCAGCUGGAGUCUAAGGCCAUCUUCACCCCCAGAACUCUGAGUGACCUGGAGGAUGUGAAGUACAUCUGUGUGGUGAAACACGAGACUCUGAGAGGGGACACCAUGGAGAGGAGCAGUGAGAAGCUGAACAUACCUGGUAUGUUGCGUCCCCCCACUUUGUCAGACAUGCAGAUUCUCAGGUGGGACAGUCUCGGCAAAUACUGCAUGCUGAGCUGCUCCAUCCAGGACUUCUACCCCAAAGAGAUUGAGGUGACCUGGCUGAGGAGGGACACGAUGAAGGACAGUGAGGUCACUGCGGGGACUAAAGAGUGGCAGGCCAAGGUUAGGACAUCAGAACUAAAACAGGAAGACCUGAGCUACAGAGUGGACAGUGAGGUCACAUUCAUCCCCAAGACGUUGUGUGACGUGGAUGACAUGGAGUACGUCUGCAGGGUGACACACAAGAGCCAGCAGGUGACGAUCAUCAAGAAGACUUCUGGGAAGCUGCUGUCCACAGCUCUGCGGUGCCCCCCGACUGUGUCAGACAUACAGGUGACUGACUUCAAAGGCCUUGGUGACCCCUUCACCCUGAGCUGCUCCAUCCAGAAAUUCUACCCCAAGGACAUCAAGGUGACUUGGCUACGGGUCAGUGGGGAUGGACAGAAAGAAAUCCGAGCCCACCCAGUGACCCCAGUGAGAGAGGACAGGGGCUACGGAGUGGAGGCUGUGGCUGAAUUCACCCCACGGACUCUGAGUGACCUGCUGGACUCGGACUGUGUGUGUGUUGUGCAUCACGAGGCCUCAGAUAAACCUGUGGAGAGAUAUCUUGGCAAAGAGUUAUUAAAAGGUUUUGCUCGUGAGCCCACCGUCUCAGAUGUGCAGGUCCACUUCACUGAAUUUGGUCAGCGCUGUACCCUCACCUGUGUCAUCUCAGGCUUUUACCCCAAAGAGAUCAAAGUCACCUGGAUGAGGAGACAGAAGGGAACACAAAAGACACAUCAGACACGUACAGGGGACUGGAAACCCACCAUAAGUCAGUAUGGGCCGUCAGUAACAGAUACUGGGUACUCAAUGCUGUGUCAGGCUGAAUUCACCCCUCAGACACUCAGUGACGUGGAGGACAUGGAGUUCAUCUGCAGAGUGGAGCACAAGUCCAUGAAGACGCCUAUUGAGAGGAGCUGCUCUGUCAUUGCAGGGUCACGGGCAGAAGUCAACGUCUUCACGUCAGAGCUAAGUUUGAUCGCCCAGCGCUACUCGGAUAUCCUACUUCCUUGUACCUUCUCUGUCCCUCGGGGUCCCAUUGGCCUCAAACAGCUGACCGUCUCCUGGACUCAGUACGGCAUCUUUGUUGCCAAGUUUGAGAAUGGAGAGGCCUUGGCAAGACAAGACGCCAGGCUGUUUGAAGCAAAUCUCAGUCAAGGAAACGCCUCCCUGCUGCUGAAAUCAGUUGUGAAGCGAGAUGAGGGUCUGUACAAGUGUGAGGUCAGCCAUGCUGGUGAGGAAGGAGCAGCCCACCUGGCUCUGACCAUCCAAGUUCCACCUGAGGUCCUCUUACUCCCAGAGUCCAUUCACCUGCUCACUGAGCACCAUUUGACCUGCUCUGCCAAGAACUUCUAUCCCAAAAACAUCAGCUUCAUUUGGACAGUGAAUGGAGUGGCUGUUCCACCCUUCAACACCACAAAGCCCAGCUUGAACCCUGAUGGCACCUACAACUCCGAGAGCAUCUACUGCUUCAUGCCCAUCAGCCGGGACGGCCUGACCUGUGAGGUGCAGCAUGAGGCGCUGGAGGAGCCGCUGAGGAGAUCCGUCACGUAUGCAGGACUCAGUGCUGCGGAGGUGGCCCUCAUCGUGAUCACUGCCAUUGUCCUUGUCCUUCUCGCUCUCUUCUGGUUCUUCUCAGUGUUCCUGUCACCUUUAGUCCCACUCAAGCUGGUCCAGGGUGACCUCGGGUCAGUGAAGUGCACCUUGGUAGGAUGCAGACUUGGACUGGUCACUCAGCAGUGGUUUAUUAAGGACCAGCAGAUCAAACUGGACAGUCAGCAGGGAGACUGUGAGGAUGGGGUCUCCUUACUCCUAAAUAGCCCCUCUGCUUACCGUCUGAAGACAGACCCUCCUAAGAUAGACCUCUUUUGGACAGUGACCCCUCUGACCCUGCAGUUUACACCGAGCCAAGCAGCCCAUGAGGGGGCAGUGUGCAGGUGUCGUGUCCGUCAUCUGCUCACCCGGAGGAGUAUGGAGCGCAUUGUCACAUUACGGCCGAUAUUCAUUCAUCCUCAACUCUCAAACAUUGAGAACGUCUCUCAGAAGUUCAGCAAAGAUGUGAAGCUGCAGAUCAGAGCAGAGGAGUUCUACCCUCGGGACAUCAACUUCACGUGGACAGUGGGAGGACAGAGUGUGGCCUCGGAGUUACUGGACGUCACCAAAAACAUCAAUGAGACCUUCAGCACUCGGAGCAUCUGCACUGUGCCCCUCGCUAAGGUCAGGGAGCCAGGGUUCAAGGCCUCAGUGGUCAUCGAACAUGAAUCUGUGGGAAAGCUGGAGAAGACAGUCACCGAUGGCAGCCUAGGUAUCGGUGAGCGCCCCAAUUUGUCAAACAUUAAAAUGCUCAAGUUUUCAAAGGUGGGUGAGCCCUGCACCCUGGGCUGCACCAUCUCUGACUUCUUCCCCAGUGGUCUCACAGUCACCUGGCUGAGGGUCAGAGCACAGGGUGGACAUCGGCCUGUAACUGCAGGGUCUGCUGAGUGGAGAGCCACAGUGACGACACCCAGGCCUGAGAUGAAGAACAGCAACUUUGAGGUGACCUCGGAGGGCCAGUUCACUCCUGAAAGUGCCAGUGAGUUGGAGGAGAUGACGUACAUUUGCAGGGUGGAACAUGUGGCCCUUGAGGAGAAAACCACCGAGACAAAGUCCGGCAGAUUGGAGCUAACAGCUAAGCGUCGUCCGCAGCUCUCCGAUGUGAAGGUUCACUUCACUCGCUUUGGUGAGCCCUGCACUCUGACCUGCAUCGUGUCAGACUUUUACCCCAAAAAGAUUGUGGUGACCUGGAUGAGGAGACAGAAGGGGACACAGAGGACAGUUCCGGCUGGCUCAAGAGACUGGAAGACCACCGUGAGUCAAUAUGGGCCAUCGUUAAAAGACAACACAUACACAGUGGUGUCUCAGGCCACAUUCACACCUCACACCCUCAACGACUUGGAGGACAUGGAGUUCAUCUGUCGAGUGGAACACGAGGGUCUCGAGGGGACAGCCAUUGGGAGGAGCUGCUCAGUGAUUCCUGGUCUGCAGAGUCGGCCCGUCAUGUUGGACAUCCGGGUCACCGAAUUUAAAGGAUUUGGUCAACCCUGCACUCUUAGCUGCUCCAUCCAGGACUUCUACCCCAAAGGCAUCAAGGUGACCUGGGAGCGGGAAGGGGACAAAGGACCAGACAUCAAGACUUUACCUUGCGUCCCCAAGAGAGGAGAGUGCAGCUACCACCUGGAAUCUCUGGUCACCUUCAUCCCUCAGACUCUGAGUGACCUGGAGGAGGUGCAGUACGUCUGUAAGGUUCAACAUUAAACUCUGCAUGACAAGAUCAUUGGAAAGUCGAGCGGAAAGCUGGUGAAGCCAGGCCUGACUGGAGCCAAAGAAGAGGGAAACAAAGAAAACCCCUCAGGUAAAAGCUCCUGGCCUACACACUACUACCCACAAGGGUGGAAGCGGUAAGGAGUCCCAAGAACACAAAGUGGUCCAAAACUGAACCCUGCUUACCAGUGUGUGGCAGUGGGACUGAAGGCACACAGAAUACUAAAGAGGCAGCCAGCCUGCAGUUCCUCUUCUCUCCACUGGGGGUCACUCAUCAACAGAUGGCUGACCUGCCCUGCUCUCCAACCUGCUGUAAUGACCUGUGGCUCCACAGAGUAUCGCUGGCCCAGUGUCUACCAGUGCGUCAUCCUAAAUUAUGUUCAAGAUGGUUGGGGAGAGAAUCUUCAUCCUCAUCUCCUCCUUUUCCUCACCUUUGUGAAAUUUCCUGCAUAACAAAGCCAAGAAGACUGAAGCCAACUGACCUCUGCAGAUGUGUCCAGCUUCUGUCCGGUGCCAUUACUUGUCAUUCAACCUGGAAAAUAAAACAACCAGCAGAACCCAUAAAACAGUGACAGUUCUGUGGCCACUAAUGGGUGCCCCUCUACCUCUGUGGACCCCACUGGCUUUACAUUGACCUGAGCGCCUCUUAGUGGAUUUACAAGAAUGGCCGAGGUUCUGGUGCUGUCCGUAGCGAGGCUGACCACCUGAGAUAAGGAGACAAACUGAGAAAGAAGUUUCAGUCAGUAAGUCUGCACCAGUGGAGCAUUCUGGUCACUGGGCAGUAACUGGACCCUCUAGACUGAGGAGAGGUUUGGUGUCAGCGGUGGGAUCUCAGCUUGCAGGCUGCUGGUGCCCACUACUGUUCUAUAGUGUCACCUAACUGUCAUUCUGCUUUGUUCUGAUGGCUGUUUUACUUUAUUAAUCAUCAGGGUGACAACUUAGAGGCGCUGAGGCGGCUUUGCUCGGCACUUUAUUGGCUUUGCUAACAUUUCAUUAGUCUUUGUUAGUAGGCUUCUAUGACUGCCAAUGUUCUUCUGAUGUCUCAGAUAAUGUGCUGCUGAUAUUUAAAAUGUUUGAUCGUUUUGUGCUCAUUCAGAUUUCACUUUCCGUAUUAGUGGGCUGCUCAUGUACUGCGGCUUCUUCUUUUAAUGGCACUCAGAGUCUGGCGCAUACAAGGCCUUUCAUGUCUCCUGGUGUGCGUUUGUGUGAAGAACAUUACUCUUCUAUUCAUUGUGUACAUAUGUAUAAUC